AUGAACCUCAGCGGGCUCAGCGUCGCCAGUGCCGCUGAGAUCUACAACCUCCGCCCAGAAGACAUUUACCUGGUUCAUGAUGACCUGGACAAGGCCCUGGGCAAGGUGGCAAUCAAGCUGGGAGGCAGUGCAAGGGGACACAACGGGGUCCGAUCCUGCAUCAGUGCUCUGCACUCCAACGAGAUGACCCGGCUCAGGGUCGGCAUCGGGCGGCCAGAGGGUGAAGUGACGGUGUCCAGCUACGUCCUGGCUCCAUUCAGCUUCCUGCUGGAGCACAUCAUGCGGAGGAGAGCACCCGCAGGGGAGCCAGGGAACAGGGGCUGACACGAACCCCCGGGGACCCGCGUGGCCAAUGGACGGAGCGCUGCGGACUCUCCAGGGUGACCAUGGUGCGGAGCAGAGCUGGCCCUGCUGGGCAGCCUGGCCAGGUGCUGGGGCAGCCCCAGUCGGUCUCCACACAGAUACGGGCAGCUCGUGUCCCACUCAAACCCCUGCAGUGGCUUCAUACGGCAGAUCAGCACA